GAACAGAAUCUCUUUUUGUGUGUGUGUAAAAAGAAGAGUAGAAGGUGGGCAGAACAGAAUCUUAAAAGCGACGGACAAACCAAUUUUUGUGUCAACUUUAAAGCUCAAUGUUCCGAAUGUCCUUGCACUCUUACUAGUUCAGUUUUAGUCUCAAUGAACCUCUACACUCUCAUUUCAGCUUCAGUUGUGGUCGUUUUGGCCAUCUUCUUCUCUCUUCCUCUUCUCAACCCCACCUAUUGGUUGAAUUUGAAUUUGAAGUCUUGGUUGUGGAUACCAAUACCAUCUUCUUCACUGUCUUCAUCGUCUCUGAUAGCAGACUUGGUGGUGAGGAAUGGUGUGAUAUACACAAGCGAUGAGUCUCUUCCUUUUGCUGAUUCUAUGGCCAUUCACAAUGGCAGGAUUCUCAGACUUGGUAACUUCUCCUUUGUUCAGGAGCUGGCAGGAGAUGGGACUGAAGAGUUAGAUCUUGGAGGAAAAGUUGUGGUUCCUGGGUUUAUUGAUUCCCAUGUACACUUGAUUUAUGCUGGACUACAGAUGGCAAGGGUGGAACUACACGGUGUAAAUAAAAAAGACGAGUUUGUGAGAAAGAUCAAGGAAGCAUUGAGAAAUGCAAAAGAGGGUUCCUGGAUUUUGGGUGGUGGAUGGAACAAUGAUCUAUGGGGAGGAGAAUUGCCACUGGCUUCUUGGAUUGAUGAUAUUACACCUUAUAAUCCUGUUUGGUUGAAUAGGAUGGAUGGCCAUAUGGGACUGGCAAAUUCAUUGGCACUAAAGUUGUCUGGAAUUAGUAAUCUAACCAAAGAUCCUGAAGGUGGAACCAUUGUGAGAACUGUUGAUGGAGAGCCUACUGGAUUGCUGAUUGAUUCUGCUAUGAAACUUCUCCUUCCUUAUAUUCCAGAGGACACGGUGAAUGAAAGGAGGGAAGCUUUGGUUAGAGCCACUAAUCAUGCCUUGAUGAGGGGUGUUACAACAGUUGUUGAUUUUGGGAGAUAUUAUCCUGGGGUAUCAGCAGAGCUUUCCUGGGAAGACUUCUUAGAUGUGUAUCAAUGGGCUGAUGCUUCAGAGAAGAUGAUGAUCAGGGUUUGCUUAUUUUUUCCAAUGGAGACAUGGUUACGUUUACUUGAUCUAAUUGGAAAAAUGGGUCGUGCCAUAAGCCAGUGGAUUUACUUGGGUGGUGUAAAGGCUUUUGCUGAUGGGUCUUUAGGUUCGAAUAGUGCACUUUUUCAUGAGCCGUAUGCUGAUGAGCCUCACAAUUACGGCCUGCAAGUGACAGAAAGUGAAAUUCUUUACAACAUGACCAUGGCAUCGGAGAAAUCAGGCCUUCAGGUUGCUAUUCAUGCCAUAGGUGAUAGAGCAAACGACUUGAUCCUGGAUAUUUAUGAGUCAGUUGUUUCUACUAAUGGAAUGAGAGAUCGAAGAUUUAGGAUUGAGCAUGCACAGCAUUUGGCACCUGGGGCAGCUGCCCGAUUUGGUCAACAAGGGAUUGUCGCUUCUGUACAGCCAUUGCACCUAUUGGGUGAUGCUGAUUCUGCUACAAAGAAACUUGGGACGGACAGGGCUCAAAAGGAAUCUUAUCUAUUUCGGUCACUCUUAGCUAGCAAUGCCCUGUUGGCAUUUGGUUCUGACUGGCCAGUUGUAGAUAUUAAUCCUUUAGGUGGUAUCAAGACAGCUAUGAAGAGAAUACCUCCUGGUUGGGAUGAUGCUUGGAUUCCAUCAGAGUGCCUUACACUGAAUGAUGCAUUAAAGGCGCACACUAUUUCAGCUGCCCGUGCAUGCUUCCUUGACAAUGAUUUGGGAUCUUUAUCACCUGGGAAACUAGCAGAUUUUGUCAUACUAUCUACUGAUUCAUGGGAUGACUUUGCGGCAGAAGGAUCUGCAUCUGUUGAGGCAACAUAUGUUUCUGGGGUACGGGCCUAUCCCUGAAAGCCUUCAAGUGAAGUACAGAAUAUAGAUACUAGAGAAAACGGAGUAAUAGCUCCUGGCUGAAUUUUAUUGGGAGUAAAACUAUGGUAUGGAGUUGCAUCUAUUGGGGAAACAAAAGAUAUGUCUAGUAGAAAACAAUUCUUGGACACGAUAUCAGAAGAUAUAAUCAGUGUCAGUGAUCGUUCAAAGAUGUUAGUAUGAUUUCCAUGUAGAUAUAGAACAUCAAUGGCUAUGUUAAUGAAGAUAUAGUCAGUGUCAAUUGUAUAAGAAGGCAUCCAGUUAUCAUGUUUUGCCAUGCUCAAGAAUUAGUGAUUCUUGUGCCAAUAUCUUUGUAUUAAAUGUCAUCACUGCUAAAGUUGAAAUGGUUCCAGGUGGAGAAACCGUGAAAUUAAGUGCUGCUUUGGCCAUCAGU